AGGGCUGGGUGUCUCUCUCUCUCUCUCUCUCUCUCUCCUUCUGUCUCUCUCUUUCUGUCUCUCUCUCUUCUGUCUGUCUCUCUCUGACUUUUUCUCUGUCUCUCCUUCUCUCUCUCUCUCUCUCUCUCUCUCUUUCUUUCUCUCUCUCUCUCUCUCUCUCUCUCUCAUCCUCUUCUGUCUUCAUUUUUCCACUUACCCUAAAACAAGGCCUUUUUGUCCGAGGCCUCAUCAGACUCACAUGGUUCAGAAAAGAGAGGACGCAGAGGUGGGACGGAGUGAGGCGGAGGGGAUAAAGUGUGCAAAGGAGAGAUUCCUGAGGAGACAGUCAGGAAAAUCACUUCUUACAUCAGCUUUUGGAUGCCUUCUGUUUAUUCCUUCAGCUUCUGAGUCAAGAACAGAGUGGAACACAGAGUUUUAAUAAAAACAAACAAAAAAAAACAAGAUUUUAGAAAACUGGAAAAGUGGAAAAAUUCCCAGAUCAGGUCUCUGGAUUUGGAAAGACAGCGGAACAAAAUUCUAGAAGCUGGAAAACUUGGAUAAGUUUAUAGUGGAAAAAUUCCCAGAUCAGGUCUCUGGAUUUGGAAAGACAACGGAACAAAAUUCUUGAAGCUGGAAAACUGGGACAAGUUUGUAGUGGAAAAAUUCACAGAUCAGGUCACUGGACUCUGAAAGACAAUGGAACAAAAUUCUAGAAGCUGGAAAACUUGAAAAAUUCCCAGAUCAGGUCACUGGACUCAGAAGGACAACAGAACAAAAUUCUUGAAGCUGGAAAACUGGGACGAGAUUCUAGGAGUGUUAAGAGAGUGGACCGAGGACUCCGAAGCAGUGAGACUGGAACAAAAUUCUAGAAACCAAAAAGACCGGAACAUUUUUCCAUAACCAGUGAGAUAGUGGAUCAAGAUUCCAGAAACGGAAAAACACCGAAACAAAAUUCUAGAAAGCUAAAGACUGGAAUAAUGCUGUAAAGACCGAACAGAACAUUCUGGAUUCUGGGGAAAUAAACCCUGAAAAACACAGUGGGAAAAGAUUCUAGAAAUUAAAUAAGACCGUGGAAUAUUACUCAAGAAACUGGAAAAAAGAAGAAGGAAGUUCUGGGAGCAGUGGAACAAAUAUUUUAAGAAGUGAAUCUAGAUCUGCAAAACGUCUGGAAAUUAAGCCAGAAGUGGGAAUAUAGAACUCUAAAGCAAUAUGGAGGACAAAAAAGCAGAAGAUGGAGAUGCACACAUGGAUGAUCCAGAUUUGCACAUGGUGCAGUUGCAGGCCCUGUGGGCGGAGCUGAAGGCAGGACUCAGGGGUGUGGUUCAGGAGAUCUCUGCCUUACAGCAGAGCAACAGCCGUCUGGAGGAGAAAGUGUCCGAGUGCCAGAGAGACACGGCGGAGAAAAUCCUGUCUCUGAGAAACACGCUGAACACACUCCAGGAAGACACAGGUACUGCUCUGUCUCAGAUCUCUGAACUGACCAUCAGGCAAAAGGAGCUACAGACAGAUCUGGACCUACUGCAGAGGACACAACACAGGGGGGAGGAGCUAGCAGAAGGCCACACCUCUCCCUGCAGCCAAACUCAACUGAAGCGCAUUCAGCAUUACAUCAGCAGCCUGCCGACCAAUCAGAUUUCUGAGCAGGAUGCCAGUGAUUUCAAGACUCCCCCUAAAGCCCCACUUUGGCAGGAAAGGAGAGAAAGCCAUGACCUGACAGAACAGAUCAACCAGGAUAUGAGUCCAAGGCAGGUAGCUGCUCUGGGACUGCUGGAAUCAGAGAGAGUGUACGUGUCAUAUCUAUCUCUGCUGCUGAAGGCCAACAUCACCUACAACGGCUGUGAAAACUCUAACCUCAAAGACAAACGGCUGUUCCCAUCCUCUUUGCGGUUUUUGAUCCAGCAGCACCUGGAGCUGUUGCAUCUACUGCAAGAACGUGUGCUGAAGAGUCACUGGCAAGGCAUCAUGGGAGACGUGUUUCUGAGGCUUACUAGUAAAGAGAGUGAUUUUCUAGACAACUACGUGUCCUAUCUAAAGGAGCUCCCCGAGUGUCUUUCAGCCGCAAGCUUGUUCUCAAAACAUGUUGGCCUGCUAGAGGGUAACAUCACAGGAGAUGAGACACACCCAUCCCUCCACACUCUGCUGCUCCAGCCAGUUCAGCGUAUCCCAGAAUAUCUCAGGCUCUUACAGAGCCUGUUGCAUCAAACGGAAUCUGAGCAUCCAGAUUAUUACCUCCUCCUUGUGUGUGUACAGCAUCUACGGUCUUUCACCACCCAGUACAGUAACCUUCUCCAGCACAACCAGGAGCUCCUCACAAACUCACACACACACAGUCCGAGAGAACACACACACAACCUGUGCACACACCAGCCGGACCGGAUGACACACACACGCAAGGAAUUCAGCAGAUCUUCAGUAAAGCAGCUGUAUAAAGUGGAUUAUGAGAAUUCAUCAAAUUACAGUAGCACAAGUGCACUAAUUGAUCUAGCUCACGGUCAGAGCAGAAAGAAAGCAGCAGUCCGUCGUUACCCGGACUGGGAGGUGGAGCCUAAUCGUUUUCACCCUGACAUUUCCUUUGCAUCAGACUCCGAAUCUCGUCCCAAAGCCACACCCACUCAACUCCACAGGAUUCCAGAGACAGAAAGGGUGGGGUCAGCCCUGGCCGAUGCAAUGGGAGCGUUCCUCCCAUACAGAGAAGGGGACUCUCGCUGUUCGAGUCGUUCUCAUUCCACUGACUCCAGCAUCGACAUAGCUUUUGUGAGCUGUAACCCCUCCCUCAAUCCAGACCGUCAGUCACACAGCAGAGUGCACAGCAGUGUGGGUGGGGUUUACAGACCCAAUCGUGGCUGUGUGUCGCCUGAUUCGAUGAAGCCUUUACAGCCGGUACAACGGAAGAGCAAGUCGCUGAACGGCUUGCAGCUGGACAGCAUUGACGGCCACGCCCACCUGGUCAGAAGUCCCAUCCACCCGAGGCUGGUGCGCCAAUCGAGCGCCAAAUCGAGGCUGAGGAAUAGUAGUCCAGAGCGGCAUCACGAACCCAACACACACACCACCGCUGAGGACCUCACACAACAACUACACAAGGAUUCUGGUCCUCCAACAUGGGAGGAGUUCAAAUGGAAAGGCGUGUCUGAUGAAGGUGACCACACCCCUCUGAGUGAGCGGAGCAGGAAGGAGGGCAAAGGUUUCCGGAGCUCCUUCAAAAAACUCUUUAAAAAGAAGUCUGGUGGCGAGAGCAAGGUGGAGAAAGCUGUGGAGAAGGUCGAAGGACAGAGCAGCAGUGAGCUGGAAUCUGGGAGGUCAAACAGAGCGCGACAACCUGGAGAUAUCGACAGAGGAACUGCGGUUUAAACACACACACACACACUCUCUCUCUCUCUCUAUGAGAAGAAUCUAUUUUUGUUAUUAUGCACCAUCUCUCACUCUUUCUCUCUCUACUAGAAGAAUCUAUUUUUGUUGUUAAUGCACCAUCUCUUUCUUUCUUUCUCUCUCUCUUCUGGAAGAAUCUAUUUUUGUUGUUAAUGCACCAACUCUCUCUGUCUCUCUCUCUCUCACUCACACACACACCCCUUUUGUCCCUUCUUUAAUGCUUUCCUAAUAUCCUUCCCUCUCCUCUCUCAGAAUGCUAUUAACCUCCACGAUAUAGAAAUAACCUCACUUUUUCCUCCACUUUUUCUUUUACACCACACAAUAACACACAAUUCCACGAUUUCAUUUCGUCUGAAUAUUGACAUUCACAUGACAUUAAAAUGAAACUAAAAUCAUUAAUGAGUGUUUAUGGAAUUUAAUAACAGACACAAUGACCACCGUUUUGUUUUUUGUUUUUUCACCUUUAAUGUGUUACCUCAAUCUCAUAGAUCAGUUUCACUUUCAAAACAAAAUAUAGACGAUUAUACAGUCUGUAAAACCAAAUAUUAUCGUACACUAUUUACAGGUCAUGUGCAUCGUAGUGUGAAGUGAAAGUGUUAAACGCAGCAGAAGAAAGAACACGGACUCGGUUUUGUUAUAAACACAUGCUGAAACCUGUGUGGUGACGUUACGGGAUGAAAAAGGCUGCACUCUGGAAGGUUGCACUUUAAACACGUUUAUCUCUCUCUCUCACAUAUACACUCUCUGUGUCUCUGUCUGUGUUCAGCGAUGUGUGUAUUAUUCUACACCCUGCAUGUUUUGACUGGUAAGCAAUGCGUUAUGUCUAAUGGAAACACACGGCAAGUCUCGAUCCGUCAACAUUACCGACUCCGGUGAUUAAUUAAACGUAGUCCAUCAGCCAAGAUAAGUUCGCUCUACAGUUUUGCACAGAAGCUACGAGGCUAACGGAAAUAGAUAACGGAAGCUGACUCGUCUCAGACGGAAAACAGCUCAGACGUCUCGCCUCCAAUGUUUCGCGGGUGGGCGUGGCUUACAAAGUGAUGGAGAUGAUAAUACACGGUGAAAGAAAGAAAAUCAGAAAUCACCCAAAAAUUGUAAAACCAGCAGCCGAUCUGUUAUUAGAUGAGUAUACACCGAUCAGGUAUAACAUCAGCUAGACCACUGGAUCAGAGCAUCUCCAAAACUGCAGCUCUUGUGGGGUGUUCCCGGUCUGCAGUGGUCAGUCUCUAUCAAAAGUGGUCCAAGGAAGGAACAGUGGUGAACCGGCAACAGGGUCAUGGGCGGUCAAGGCUCACUGAUGGACGUGGGGAGUGAAGACUGGUCCGUGUGAUCCGAUCCAACAGACGAGCUACUGUUGCUCAAACUGUUGAAGAAGUUGAUGCAUGAUGGGUCAGGGCUGUUUUGGCGGCAAAAUGGGGACCAACACAAUAUUAGGCAUAAUGUUAUGCCUGAUCGGUGUAUAAAAUGAUAUAAAACUAGUGUUAAACAUCGUGAGUCACAUCCAGCAUCUGUUUUCUAGUUUUGUUCACUUGGCGUUU